GAAAAUUUACAUCUUCCCUGAAACAUUCUCCUGUGUGUGUAGUUGGACAAGGGUCAACAUACUUUUUUGGAGACUAAACAGAAUCCUGAAACCAUGGAUCACCUAUAUAUGCUUUGAGACAUGCUUUAGAUGUUUUUUCUGGAAGCCCUGCAAUUACCCUAAAAAUUGAAUGUAUCAUUGAAAAGACCUAUGGCCAAUGGUGGCAGAGUCUACAUAGAACUAUGCUUCGUGGUGUUCUGGGAAAAACCUUUCGGCUUGUUGGCUAUACUAUUCAGUAUGGCUGUAUAGCUCAUUGUGCUUUUGAAUACGUUGGUGGUGUUGUCAUGACUUGCUGGCUACUCUGUAGAGUUGAACUUAUCUUGGAGCUUCCAGCUUAUUAUGAAUCAUCCUCCAAGCUUGAAGAACAUUUGCUUGAUUUUCUUUCUUUUAAGCCUGCUCAGAUGAUUUAUAUUUUAAAAGGUUUUCAACUUAAAUUUAAAAAUUGCCUUUCUUUCAGUGUUCUGGACCAUCAAUGGAGCCUACAAUUCAAAAUUCAGAUAUUGUUUUUGCAGAAAAUCUUAGUCGACAUUUUUAUGGUAUCCAAAGGUAAAUUCUGCCACAGAGGUGACAUUGUGAUUGCAAAAAGCCCAAGUGAUCCAAAAUCAAAUAUUUGUAAAAGAGUAAUUGGUUUGGAAGGAGACAAAAUUCUCAGCAGUAGUCCAUCAGUUUUCUUUAAAAGCCAUAGUUAUGUGCCAACAGGUCAUGUGUGGUUAGAAGGUGAUAAUCUACAGAAUUCUACAGAUUCCAGGUACUAUGGACCUGUUCCAUAUGGACUAAUAAGAGGACGUAUCUUCUUUAAGAUUUGGCCUCUGAGUGAUUUUGGAUUUCUACGUGACAGCCCUAAUGGCCACAGAUUUUCUGAUGAUUAGCAAGCAUUUAUUCUUUUGAUUUGAUUAUUGUCUUCUGCUAAAGUGAAUUUAUUGUCACUGAAAACCAUGUACUUACUAAUAAACUAUUUGCUAUUCA